UCUCCUUAUCUCCCACCCGCGCGCGCCCACUAGUAUAAAACAGCGCUACAUUCAAUCGUGAAAUCACAAGCCACGGGUACAUCUUCUCCAGGUCAGGUGGUCUUGUGUCUGCAGGAGAUCUAUCAAAAGCUGCCCAGCCCAAGCAUCCAACCUUAGCCUCGAUAGAACACAAAAGCGUUCCCAGCUAUAACAAGCUAGCAUCACGUACACAAUGAAGCAAAAGACUGUCAUCAGCUUGAGCAUGCCGAACGAGAAGAGCCGGUCCAAAGCCAUGGCGAUAGCCGCGAGGAUACCCGGGGUGAUCUCGGUGGGGAUAACGGGCGACGGCAAGGACAUGCUGGAGGUGGUUGGCGUGAGCGUGGACCCGGUGAGCCUCGUCUGCUGCCUGCGCAACAAGAAGCUCGGCCACGCCCAGAUCGUCAAGGUGGAGGAAGUCAAGGACAAGGAGGAGAAGAAGAAGCCAGAGUACCAGCCGCUGUACUACUGCUACCCCGCCUACCCGCCGGCGCCGCACUUGGUCCCGUACGACGAGCCCCCCACCGGUUGCGCCAUCAUGUAAUAACAAUAAUCAUGGCCAUCCGAAGCAGGUUUGGCCACACUUUUGUCAGCUACGGAGUACUCCAGUAUAUGCAAACGCCAACGCGUAUCUCAGUAGUCGCGACCUGCUUCUUCCUGAAGUUCCUAAUCUGUAGUCUGUACACGAAAGCCUCAGUCAGGGACAUCAUCGGAA